AAAUUCCAUUUUCGCGACACUUACCAUCUCCUCUCCAAUAGCUAUGGGUUAAAUGUUAAACCCUUGAUAUAGCCUACCCGUUGAUGAGGUCAGUAGAGCGAGAGUGAGGGGUAAAGAGCGAGGUGGGGGUUGUAGAGACAGGAAAGAACGGGAGAAAAGGAGUGAGAGGGAAGGAGGGGAAUAGACAGCCAUUACCGAAUCACAGUCGUGGUAUUCAUCGCUUCCUUGUCCCGGGUCAGUACAAACGGCUGAGUAGCAGCCCUGAUCAGACCGUCUGUACCUAAACGUGCUUCCGAAAGAGGAAAGACGCUUGUCGUGAGGAGGGCGACUCGAAGAGCCACAACAUCCCUGUCUCUGUAACCCCGUAAAAUAUUCCGACUCGAGGACCGCUAUUCCCCGCCCCUCUCUUUUUCCAGCCCUCUGGCGUGAUGGAGUCCUCGGACGAGGAGACACUGAGCGAGCGCUCCUGCAUUAGCGAGAGGAGCGAGCGGUCUUUGCGUAGCGAGCGCUCGGGGGGCUCCCUGUCCCCCUGCCCGUCCGGGCCCCAGGGCCCCCCUGGGGACACCCUACCUUGGAACCGACCGUCCAGACACGAGAGAGGAGAGAGGAGGAAGAGGAAGACCCACGACUCGGUGCUGGACCCGGCGGAGAGGGCGGUGGUGCGUGUUGCUGAUGAGCGAGACCGGGUGCAGAAGAAAACCUUCAUGAAAUGGGUCAACAAACAUCUCAUCAAGGUGAGGAAGCACAUCACAGACCUGUACGAGGAUCUGAGAGAUGGACACAACUUGAUCUCCCUCCUGGAGGUCCUCUCUGGAGUCACCCUGCAGCUCAAGGGCGUGUCCUCGCUGAGGAGGGUGUGCAUCUCCCGAGCUCCCCCACUCAUCUUGCUCGGGGGGGAGGAGGUGGAGGAUGGAGCUCAGGGACCCAGAGAAAAGGGUCGCAUGCGAUUCCACCGGCUCCAGAAUGUCCAGAUCGCCCUGGACUUCCUCAAACAGAGACAGGUCAAACUGGUGAACAUCCGGAACGAUGACAUCACAGACGGCAACCCCAAGCUGACACUGGGCCUCAUCUGGACCAUCAUCCUGCACUUCCAGAUCUCUGAGAUCUAUGUGAGCGGUGAGUCUGGGGACCUGACGGCUAAGGAGAAGCUGUUGUUAUGGAGCCAGAAGGCCUCCGAGGGCUGGCCUGGCCUCCGCUGUACCAACUUCUCCUCCUCCUGGAGCGACGGGCGCAUGUUCAACGCCCUGCUCCACAGAUUCAGGCCAGAUCUGAUUGACAUGGAGGUGGUGGCACAGCAGAGUAACCUUGACAACCUGGAGCAGGCCUUUGAGAUCGCCGAGUCGCUAGGGGUGACCAGACUACUGGACGCUGAAGAUGUGGACGUUCCGUCUCCAGAUGAGAAGUCGGUCAUCACAUACGUCUCCUCCAUCUACGAUGCCUUCCCCAAGAUCCCAGAGGGAGGAGAGGGCAUCGCAGCACACGAGGUGGACCACCGCUGGGCAGAGUACCAGUCUCGUUUCUCCAUGCUGCGCCAGUGGAGCCGGCAGCACACGGCCCUCAUGGCCAACAAGAACUUCCCACUGGACCCUGUGGAGCUCAAGGCACUUUACAAUGAGUACGUCCAUUUCAAAGAGACGGAGAUCCCUGCCAAGGAGCUGGAGAAGAGUGGUGUUGAACACCUCUACAAACUGCUGGAGGUAUGGAUGGAGUUUGGGCGCAUCAAGCUGCCCCUGGGCCUGCACCCCAACGACCUGGAGGAGGAGUGGGGCAAGCUGAUCCUGGAGAUGCUGGAGAGAGAGAAGGCCCUGCGGCCCGCUGUGGAGAGACUGGAGUUAUUGCUGCAGAUGGCCAAUAAGAUCCAGAACAUGGCCCUGGACUGUGAGGAGAAACUCACCCUGGCCAAGAACACACUGCAGGCCGACAUGUCCCGGGUGGAGAGUGGCGAGGCGGUGCAUUGUGAGAGGGAGCUGGGCUUGUACCUGCAGGACUGUGAGGUUCUGAUCAGACGGCUCAACGUGGACCUCCAUGUCCUCAGGGACCAGAAGUACUACCAGGUGGAGCAGCUCGCCUUCAGAGUGUCCUGUCUCCACGAGGAGCUGGUCUCUCUCCGGCUCCAGUGCUCCAGCGUCUACAGGAAGGGUCACUUCUCCCCGGUGACGGGGGGAGACCGGACGGCCCCGCGGGGGAGCGACAGUGGUCUCUCCCUGUCCACUGGGGCCCAGACCCUACUGGGGGCAGUGGGGGCGAUGGGGGCAGCCCUGCUCAGGAGACCCAUGUCCCGCUCUCAGCUGGUGGCCAUGUCAUCCUCAGAGGACGAGGGGAGUCUCCGGUUCGUCUAUGAGCUCCUGGGAUGGGUGGAGGAGACACAGGACAUGCUGGAGCGUGCAGAGUCAGGGGCGGACCUGCCCUCCGUAGAGCAGAACCUCCAGGACCACCAGAACAUCCACACUGCCGUGGAGGAGCUACUGCACAGCCUGAAGGAGGCCCGCAACUACGAGACGAAAGUCUCUCGUAACUUCAGAAGCAAUUAUUCGGACACUCUGGCCAAGCUGGAGCAGCAGUACUGCAAACUACUGGAAAACUCAUCGUGGCGCAUGCGCUGCCUGGAGAGCCUGCAUGCGUUUGUGUGUCGCUGUACAGAGGAGCUGAUCUGGCUCAAUGAGCGAGAAGAGGAGGAACUGGCCUACGACUGGAGCCACAACAACACCAACGUCAACGCCAAGAGAGAUAUAUACGCCGAAAUGAGGUCAGAGCUGGAGGAGAAACAGGAAGUGAUGCACUCGCUGCAGGAAACGGCCGACCGGCUCUGUCAGGAGAACCACCCGGCCAAACAGACAGUGGAGGCGUACAGUGCUGCGCUGCAGACCCAGUGGCAGUGGGUACGCCAGCUGUGUGUGUGUGUGGAGCAGCAUCUCAAAGACAAUACUGCCUACUUCCAGUUUGUGAGUGACGCACGGGACUGCGAGACGUACCUGCGUCAGCUCCAGGACACCAUAAAGAGACAGUACACCUGUGACAAGAGCAGCAGGCUGGGCAAGCUGGAGGACCUGCUGCAAGACUCUAUGGAGGAGAAGGAGCAGCUGAUUGAGUACCGCAGCUCUGUGGCCAGCCUGGUGGGCCGGGCCAAGACUGUGGUGCAGCUCCUCCCCCGCAGCGCCGAGACCACCCUGGGAAGCACCACGCCCAUCCGCGCCAUCUGUGACUACCGGCAGAUAGAGAUCACCAUCAGCCGAGGUGAGGAGUGUGUGUUGGAGGACAAUUCUCAGAGAACUAAAUGGAAGGUGAUCAGCCCCAGUGGGAAUGAGGCCAUGGUGCCGUCAGUCUGCUUCACCGUACCACCGCCCAACCAGGAGGCCAUGGACACCGCCAGCAGGAUGGAGCAGCUGUACCAGAACGUGAUGUCUCUAUGGCACAAUCUACACGUCAGCAUGAAGAGUGUGGUCUCCUGGCACUACCUGCAGAAAGACAUCAGGACCGUGGCCUCUUGGAGCCUGGACACGGUACGUUCCCAGACCCCUGUGGCCAGGGACCAGGCUCUGAACCAUUUGGAGGCCCACCUGGCUGACUUCCUCUCUGACAGCAAAGAGAGCAUCCUCUUCAACCCCGCUGAGAGACGCGAGCUGGAGAGAGACGCCCACACCGCCCAGGAACACUGCCAGGACCUGCUGGUCAACAUGGAGACAGUGGAGAAGGAUGAGUCUGUCUCUCGGUCCUACCUGUCAGAGCUCCAGAACAUUAAACUGCGUCUGGAGGAGGCGGAGCAAAAGCUGAUGCGCGGCAUUCAGACUCUGCCCCCUAGCAACCUAUCGGGCAACAGCGUCGACAACACUGUUCAAAUUGCCGAGCAAGAGAAGCUGCAGUCGGACCUGGAUGGUCUGAGGACCAGUCUUGGCGAGGUGUCGCGUCGCUGUGUGAGUUUCUUUGAGGAGAAGCCCACCUCCUCCAGUGUUCCCGUGCUGCGCUCUGAACUCAACCUGGCUGUGGAGAAGAUCGACAGACUACACAACCUCUCCUCUGUCUACCUGCGCAAGCUGAAGACAGUGGAUGUGCUGAUCCACAGCUUGCAGGCCGCAGAGAGCCAGGUGAAGAGGUACGAGAGCAGGCUGAGUGAGGAGGACAUCGUUCCUGCAGACGCCAACGCCAUCCAGGCCCUACGGGAACAACUGGGGACGUGGCAGUCAGAGCUUGAGGACCAGGAGAGGGUGUUGAGCUCCCUGCAGUCGGGGGUGCAGAAGGCCCGGGAGGCGGGGACUCAGCUGAACAGGCUCCACCCAGACCGCAGCCCGGAGCUGGAGCGCUACCAGGAGAAAGCCGCCCAGCUCACCGAGAGGUGGGCCGGAGUCAAGAGACAGAUGGACACACGGCGAGCCGAGCUAAAGGCCCUGGGCUCAGUCCUGCAGCAGUACAGAGACGGCCACUCUGCUCUGAUCCACUGGAUAGAGGAGACCACUGAGAGACAGGAGAACACCCAGCCUGGACAGACUGACAGCAGAGUCCUGUCUGAACAACUGGCAGAACAAACGGCAUUAGUAGCCGAGAUCGAGAAGAACCAGACCAAACUAGACGAGUGCCAAACCCACUCCAAACAGUACUGCACCUCUGUCAAGGACUACGAGCUACAACUGAUGACAUUCAAAGCCUUUGUGGAGUCGACCCAGAAAUCCACUGUAAAGAGGAGGAGGAUGCACUCUUCAUCAGACGCCAUCACGCAGGAGUUCAUGGACUUGCGCACACGCUACACAGCCCUGGUUACCUUGACGACGCAACACGUCAAGUACAUCAGCGAUGCACUGAGGAGACUCGAGGAGGAAGAGAAAGAGGUGGAGGAGGAGAGGCAGCAGAGGGUGGGCCAGGUGUCAGAGCUGCUGGGCUGGGUCAAGGGCCUCCAGGGCCCCUCCGCCGAGUCAUCCAUUGCGGCGCAGCAGGCUGUCGGUGAGCAGUUAGCGGCUAAGGAGGAGGAGGUGGCUCAGGCUAUCAGGAACACCCAAGUCUUCCUGAUGUCUAAACAGGCCAGCAAGUUGUCCCCAGAGGAACGUGUCCAGGUGACCUCCCAGCUGGAUGAGCUGACGGCCACCUACAGCCAGCUGUGUGACCGUUCCACCGCCCGACUGCAACAGCUGGAGCAGGAGCAGGCCAAAGAGGAGCAGAGAAAGAGCCAAGCUGCCAUUGGCGGAGUUAUUGACCUGGGCACCAUGGAAACUGUCCCAGUCUUCCAAGCUGCUCAGCGUGGCCUCAUUGAUCAGGACACCUGCCAUGUCUUAUUGGAGGCCCAGCUCACCAUGGGUGGGUUAUUUCAGCCUGUCUCCCCUGUGAGCCUAUCACUGGAAGAGGGCUUCAACUGUGGCCUGAUUGAUAGUCUCAUCAGCCAAUCCCUAGCAGAGCUGGAGAGUGCCUUGCAUCUUGUCGACCAGACAGAACAACUGGAGGGCCAGCUCCUCCCAGUGGCUGCAGCCAUGGAGGAGGGCCUUAUCAGAGAGGAGUUGGGGCUGCGUAUCCUGGAGCUGCAGAUGAACACAGGAGGCCUGAGGGAGUUGGGAGGAAGAAGACUGACCCUGGAUAGUGCUGGAGAGAUGGGCCUGCUGACCCCAAGGGUCUACACCAAGCUCAGGUCACGGGUCAAUCGGCGGGAGCUCGUUGACCCUAACACAGCAGAAAAGCUGAAUCUGUCUGAACUGCUGCAGCGCUGUGUCCUCAGCGAUGACACCGGCUUGUAUCUGCUGCCAGUCAAACAGCAGCCAGGAGGCACCGUCUGCCUCGCUUCCGGCAGGAAGGUUGGGAUCUUUCGUGCUGUCCAAGAGAAUCUGAUUGACAGGCAAGUUACGGUGAGAUUGCUGGAGGCCCAGCUUUUUGCUGGUGGGAUUGCUGACCCCCGUACGGGACGCCGCCUGACUGUGGAUGAGGCUGUGCGUCACAAUCUUAUGGACCAGGACCUGGCCUGUGCCAUGCUGACCCGCCAGCUGCAGAGUGGUGGGAUACUAGACCCUGUAAGUGGGGAGCGCCUAGGGUUGGAGGAAGCCAUCCAGAGGGACCUGCUCUCACCUCAUCUGGCCCUGCUGGUGCUCGAGUCCCUCUGGGCUUUUAUGGGGAUGCUCUGGCCUGAGUCAGGGGAGCUGCUGCCCAUUGCAGAGGCUCUACAACAAGGGGUCAUCUCGGGAGAGCUGGCUCUGAACAUCCUGAGACAACGCCACACGAUAGGUGCCCUGUACCUUCCUGAAACCCCCAAGGUCGUGUCCCUGAAUCAGGCUAAGGAGGUCCUUGAACCCAAAGUGGCUGAGAUUCUGAAAGCGAUUCAGAUACCAGAUGUGCUACACAACAUGAACCAGUCAGGCUCCCCAAAUCUAAAUCGCCUAAGCUGGGGCUCCACUGGGUCAUCCCCUCCCUCCUCACCACCUGCCUCUUCCCCAGAGCACACAUGUUUCCCCUCAUUUCUGGAGGAGAUGGCCCCUGAGGAACAGGCACAUCACCGCCUGCUUUUCCAUUUAAUGACCCACAGUUAUAUAGAUGCACAUUCUGGCCAGCGCUUAGUGUUGUUCGAGCCUGAGCUGGUGGAACUUGUCAAGGCUGCUACUGGUCUGACCAAUGAGGAUCAUAUACCUGGAGUGGUGGUGUCAGGGUUGAGUUUGACUUCACAGAGACAGGAGUUUAUGGAAGUAGUGCCAACUGUAAUUUUGGCAGAUAAUCAGCAGACAAGGGAAAUCGGAGAGGUCCAGGAAAAGAGUGCAAAAUUCAGCUCGUCUGAAAAAUAUGUUUCCUCCAGAAAGAUGGUAGAAGAAGCUGAUGGUCAAGAAUGGGAUGGUACAUCUGACAUGAUAUUGCAGGCUAAGCAAACUGGAAUUAAGGAGAUGGGACCGGUAGACCUUGACUCAACCAUGAGAGUAAGUGAGAAGGUAGAUGGAGGUGUACAUAAAGUAGUAAAAGGUGAAAAGGAUGACAUUGUUAUUUUUGAAAGUGUCCAGCCCUCAGCUGGACUACCAGAAAAGCAAUUAAUUACAGGCUCGUAUGAAGAGGGGCUGGUAGAGAUUGAAUCAGAGGGAGCAAGAGAGAGUCACAAAAAGACAAAGGAUAAGGACUCACUCAUGGAAGACAUUGGCGGCACACUUGUAGAAGCCUCAGAAAUGUACUCCACGCCAUUUAAGACCGAGGCAGAGACUCUGAUGCCAACCCAAUCUCAUGCCAACCCUAUUCCACCAUCAGAGACUAAUGAAAAUGAGAGCAUGCCUGUCAGUGUUGGAGUUAAACAUACUAUGAAGGAUUCUCAGAGGGUCACAGUGAAGACCCCACCCCAGGUUAUGAGUUUAGAGGCAGCAGCAGUGAAGCGUGAGGAGGAUGUUGAGCUGGAAAGGUUGACCUCAGAGCUUCACCAAGGGGGUCUACUGAUGGAAGGAGGGCAGCGGCUUCUCCCAGAUGAAGCCGUGGCUCAGGGGGUCCUCCCUGGACACACUGCAGUCAAGCUGAUGGCCAAGGCAGGACUUUUCCGAGGUUUCCUGGAUGUCAGCGCGUGCGAAUCUCUGAGCAUGGAGGAUGUGAUGCAGGAGGGUCUGCUUGACGAAGACCUGAUGUGGAGUGUGCUGAAAUCAGAGAAGACCCUGGCAGGGGUAGUGGAUGUAGAGAAGGGGAAGAUUUGUACCCUGAAGGAUGCUGCUCAGGCAGGCCUGAUAGACUCCAACACAGCUGCUCGGCUCCUGGAGGCCCAGGUGGUCUCAGGGGGAGUGGUUGACCUGCGAAGGGAUAAGAAAGUGUCUGUUACCCUGGCAGCCAACCUUGGGCUGAUAGAGGAGGACCAACGAGAAAAGCUAGUUGCGUUGGAGAAGUCAUACCGUGGAAAAUACUCAGACCCAGAUUCAGCACUAACCAAAGCAACGUUGCAGCUGCAAAUGGAUGGGGUUGUCGAUCCCAAAACGAAGUCACCUGUUCCCCUAAAGCUGGCCCUUGAAAGAGGUUUGCUUGGGCAGAAGGAGGUCUAUCAAGCCUUGUCUCAGCAAGUGGCAGAGGGUGGCAUCGUGCACCACAACUCUGGAGUUAGACUGUCAGUUGCUGAUGCUUUGCUGCGAGGUCUGGUAGAUCGUGCCAUAGCCCCAGAACUGGGGGAGUUAGAGAGAGCAUGUCAGGGGGAAGUUGCCCUCUCUUCAAACCCAGAUGCUGCCCUCCUCCAGGCAUCCACAGGUGCCAUUUUGGACCCUGAUUUAAAUUGUAGACUUACAUUGACAGAGGCUGUCUCCGAUGGUCUGCUCGAUGAGAGCACUGCCAAGAAAGCAAUGGUUUCUCCAGGUGUAACACAAGGUUUGUUGGAUCCACAAAGUGCCCAAAUUGUGCCUUACUCAGACCUUGUAAACCAAGGCAAGAUUGACAUUAAGAGUGGAAAGCGCUUCUUGGAAGUGAAGCCUUUCAAGGGAAUCCAGGAUAAGCAGACAGGUGAAAUCCUGAAUUUAGCUGAAGCAAUUGCAUCUCAACAAGUUGAUCCGGUCCCAGCGCUCAGAAUGUUGCAAAGCCAGGCAGACACUGGAGGGAUUAUUGAUAUUUCCAAUGGAGCUAGGCUUCCUCUGCCUAAAGCCUCUAAGAAAGGGCUGGUGGGAGAACAUAUGGCCAGGCUCAUUGCCACCAACCAGGUUCUGAAAGGGGGCUUGUUUGACCCUUCCACGGGGCAGAGAGUCUCUAGCCUGAAAAAAGCUGUCAAAUAUGGGCUUAUAUCCAGAGAAAUGGCUGCAGAACUCCAGGGCAACUUGGGCUCCAUGGACGUAGAAUCUGACGAUGAGGAUACUUCAACACCCAUUGCCUCCUCAGAUGGGACCUAUAGUCCUGCAGUCACAUUAUCAAUAUCCAGUCCAGACAGCCAAACCAAAAUAAUUAUUGAAAGCUCUGAAGUUAUUUCUCCAUCCCCACAUCCAGAAGAGUCAGAAAAGGGGUAUAACCCUUUGAUGAUCACAGAGGACAUUGUAAAGACUCUAGAAGCUGGAACGUUCAAGCAGUCAGAAGAUCUGCAACACCAUGGCUCUGUACACAUUGAAGAAGAGAUUGGAGAGGUCUCAAUAGCCGGGAAGUCAUUUGACAUCGAGUCAGACCAGUCAAUCAAUUUGUUGGCUCAGUUUGCAAUCAAUGCGGAGAAAAGGGUUCAGCAGGCCCUUCAGGAGAUGGCGACUCAAGAUGUUACUGUUCGACCACCAGAAAAUGAUAAAAAGGGGUCUAGACCUGUGGGUGAAAGUAGUUCAGUCUUGCAGCAGGGGCAGUCUGCUAUGGGCAAAGAACCACGGAUGGACUCGACAGGGGCCAUUGGCAGAGAAGGUAGGGAUCAACAGGGCAGCAUAGAUAUUUCUACACUGGUUGAGAGAGAUGAAGGGAAGACAAAUGUGGUAGAAGACAGUACUGAGAGUGUGGUGGAGCAAGGUAGAAUGGAGGUUGAGAGGGACACAAAGAUUGAGGUCACAGAGCGUGAUGAUCUUGGACAUGCAUCAACCCCUUCUAAGGAGGCUGAAGGUAAGAGCAAAAAGAAGAGGAGGAAUAAGAAGAAAGGAAAAGGGGAGGUUGACAUUGAGCAAAGACCCUCAGAAGAAGCUGAUAUUCAGAAAAUGCAAAACAAAGACCAGAAUGUACAAUCUAAGGAUAAGGGUGUUGAGUCCACCAGAGGUUAUGUUACCCCGCAGGAGAAAGAGGAGUCCCUUGUGCAAGAUGUUCAAUCUGCACUUGAAAGUGCCAGGGCACGGUCUGUUGAGAGCUUUGGAGAUCCAGAAGAUAUUGGCAAAUUAAGGGAAGCUUCUGCUGUUCCGCUUGGAGUCAUAGAAGAUGCUCUUGAGGUAGAGAGAGAUGGUACAGAGUAUAAGGUCUCCGAGGACCAAAGACGGGUGGAGAAGAACAAAACGUCUAAGAUACCUACGGCAUCAGAGAAGGUUGAACCUGUGACAGAGAAGAUGCCAUCCAUCCAUGAUAAAGCAGGUUCUGAAGUGACAGUAACGAAGGGUGUUCUCAACAGCUUAGACAAAAAGUCUAAGAUAACCAUUGUAGCAGAAAAGGUUGAAUCUGUGGCAGAUGAGCGAUCGUCCAUCCAUGAUAGAGUAUCCAUUCAUAAUAGAGUUUCUAAAGAUGAGCAAAUGCGGGAGGGCGAGCACAUUGUGGGAAAGAGUGAUUCAGAUGGGGAGAAGACGGUUUCUCAACAGACUGGACAACAGGAGCAUAAGGAUAGAAAAGAGGUGGAAUUCACUCUGAAAACCCCCCAGGCAGCAAAUGACAAAGAGGCCCUUUUACGGAAGGCAAAAGAGAGUAUCCUGAGGAAGGUGUUUGGGCGAGGUGUUAGUGAGAAGCAAGCUGCAGAUGAGCUAGAGGCACUGCGUCAGGGAGUGGGGAAGGAGAGUUUGGUGACAUCUGUAGAGGAAGUUAAGACUGUAGGGAGUCCUGAGAUUUCACCAGAAGAGAGUAAAGGAAUUGACAAGAAGGAAGGAGAAAGAGAGAAAGUUCUGCCUCACCAUUCUAUGAUUCAUGUAGCAGCAGAGGAAGUGGAAAAAGCUCUGCCAUGCCAGGUUAAAAGAGGAAGGAAAGAGGAGAAAGUUUUACUAGACCAGGCUAAAGGAGAGACCGAGGAGAAAGUUCUACCAGACCAGGCUAAAGAAGGAGAGAAAGAGGAGAAAGUUCUACCAGACCAGGCUAGAGAAGGAGAGAAAGAGGAGAAAGUUCUACCAGACCAGGCUAGAGAAGGAGAGAAAGAGGAGAAAGUUAUAUCAGACCAGGCUAGAGAAGGAGAGAAAGAGGAGAAAGUUCUACCAGCCCAGGCUAAAGGAGAGAAAGAGGAGAAAGUUAUAUCAGACCAGGCUAGAGAAGGAGAGAAAGAGGAGAAAGUUCUACCAGACCAGGCUAGAGAAGGAGAGAAAGAGGAGAAAGUUCUACCAGACCAGGCUAGAGAAGGAGAGAAAGAGGAGAAAGUUCUGCCAGACCAGGCUAGAGAAGGGGAUAAAGUUCUACCAAACCAGGCUAGAAAAGGAGAGAAAGAGGAGAAAGUUAUACCAGACCAGGCUAGAGAAGGAGAGAAAGAGGAGAAAGUUCUGCCAGCCCAGGCUAAAGAAGGAGAGAAAGAGGAGAAAGUUCUACCAGACCAGGCUAGAGAAGGGGAUAAAGUUCUACCAAACCAGGCUAGAAAAGGAGAGAAAGAGGAUAAAGUUCUACCAAACCAGGCUAGUAAAGGAGAGAAAGAGGAGACUGUUCUACCAUCUCAAACAGACCAGCUUAAAAAGAUGAUGCCGGGAAAGAAAAAUCAGAAGAACAGAAAGUCUAAGAUGCAUAGAGUGGUAGAAAAAGUUGAACCUGCGACAGAGGAGAAGCCAUCCAUCCACAAUAGAGCAGAUUCUGAAGUGAAAUCCAUACCGGCUGAUCUUGAGAGCUCAGUCUCUGGGGAUGAGCAGAAGCUUGAGGAGCAGCAAGACAGUAAAUCAGAGGAGCUGAACAAAAUGGCUGCCUCUACCAAGAGUCUUAGUGGAGUUGACGCCAAUCAACAAAGAUCAACCCACACCACUGCACCGUACCAAAUCAAUGCACAUCUUGAGGAGAAAACUAAGGAGGAUAUUUCUUUGAGGAGAGAAAUUGACCCACAUGGCAAGGAAAUUGAACCAUUUAGGAUUGGUACACCUGAGAAGGAUGUCCACCUAGACACCCAUCGUGUUAUUGACGUUGUGGAUGCCUCUCCUGAAACCCUUGUAUCCAUGUCAGGUGCCCAUCUGGUCAAGGCCUCUGUGGCUCCAGGUACCCAGACUGCUAAGACCACGGAGGAAAUGGAUGCACAUCUGGUGAAAGAUACUAAGGAGGACAGGUCUCUGAGCAAACAAACUGAUCUUCCUGGCAAGGACAUUGAACAACUAAGAAUUAGUACACCUGAGGAGGCAUCUUUGGCACCUGCUACCCGGCCAGCAAAAACUACUGGCAAAGGGAAGAAGAAGAAGCAACUGCAGCAAGAACAACAGGAGCAGAAACUUGACAGUGAAACUGAGUGUAAAGAGGAACAGUCCCUUGAGGAGUCCACAGAAUCAGGACAGUCCUGGUCUGACGAGAGCCCACAGUCUGAUGCAAAUGAGAUGGUUGAAUCUGAUACAACGGAGGUGCCCGAAUCUGAUACAACUGAGAGCUGGGAGGAGGAGGAUGGAGAAAUCCAAGAAUUGGAGAUAAGGAAAGAGAAGAGCCCAGCUAAGACGGGAAAGUCCUCGUUGCUCCGCCAGGAAUUCCUGGAACAUGACCAGCAAAUUGUGGCUCUGCUCUCUAUGGUGAGACACAUCGAGGUUCGCCUCAAGCAGCAGCAGCAACAGUCGAUUGGUCGCAGCCUCAUUGCCCUUGAUGACAUCAUCAAACAGACAGAGACCUUGGAUCUAGAACUUUGGGAUUUAGAACCCCAGGUCAAAAAGGAAGUGGAUGCUGCUGAGCAGCUGCUGGAGCCCCGCCCACAGGAAGUACCACCUCAGCUACUGUUGGCCUUGGAAAAGGAUGGGCGAAGCUUAGCUCGAGGUUACGAGGCUGCCAGAGGGGUUUCAGAAAACAUCCUGCAGGGGCUGCGCGCACACAGAGAGGCACAUAAGGAGGCAGUGACUGGGGAACAGAGGUCACUUGGGAGGCGAGUAGAGGAUCUUCUCUUCUGGCUGAAGGAGACUGAGGCACAAAUGACAGGAAUGGAUGGACAAACCCAGGGCGAGACUCCUCCUCAGCGCACACAACAGCUCCAGCUAUGCAAGGAGUUGCAGUCGUCUCUCUCGGCCCGCUCCAAUGACGUGAACGCGCUUGCCUUUGACAUCCAGGUGUUCAUCUCGGAGCGGGCUCAGGACCUGGCUCCAGAACAGAGCAGGCACCUCCUUGGGCAGCUACAACAGCUGCAGAGGGGCUUCCACCGAGCCUCUGGCCAAGCCCACGCCAAGACCGACACCCUCGCCGCCCAGAGAGAGAGGGAGGAGGAGAGGCAGCGCAGGCACAAAGAAAAAGAAGAGGAAGAGAAGGAGAGGGAAAGAGAGAGACAGAGUGCAAGGGAGAGAGAGGUGGUGCAGCAGCACAAAGCAGAGUGCUCACAGAGAUUGGAAGGCCUUACAAUGUGGUUGGCUGGAGCUGCCAGCGUGCUGGCCAAUCAAAGAGCGGGAGCAGAGUCUGGUGACGUGAAUGUGCUGCAGCAGAAACGGAGCGAGCUAAAGGAGGUACAGAAGGACCUGCUGACCAGAGGCGAGGGCGUGGCGGAGACCAUCCGCUCGGUGGAGGAGUUCCUGGCGGAGCACGGUGACGGCCUGAGUCCAGAGGACAGGGCCAACCUCCAGGGGGCACUGUCCCGUAUGAAGGAGCAGUACAGUGCACUGACCGACACGGCCGACUCCUCCCUGGCCCAGCUGGACACGGCCAUCAGCACCACCGUCCAACAGAACACACAGCGGGCGAAGGCAGUAGAGGAGCUGCAGGAGACCCGGUGUCAGAUCGACUCGCUGCUGGAGGAGCUCUCCUCCCUGAACCAGCCUGGGAGAAUAGGAACUGGCAUGACUGUUACUGACCACCCCUCCUCGCCAGAGGGAAGACUACAAUCGCACAGUGACAUGCUCCAGACGGAGCUCCAGCAGCUCCAGGCCCAGCAGGCCCAGCUGAUGCAGGUGUCCCAGAACGCUCGAUCCCUCCUGGACCAGCCCGACUCGGCCGUGCCAGCCGAGGAGAAACGGCGUCUGCGGGACCAGCUAGACCAGCUCCAGGCCCAACACCAGGAGAAGCUGCGGGCCUGCCAGGAGAGGCUGAGGCGCUCUGAGGCCCUUAAGGACGAGCUGGUCAAGUUCCUCCAGGAGCACGGAGGCCUGGGGACCUGGCUGGAACAGAGUGAGCGGGAGCUGGGUUCCUUAGGGGAAGGAGAGACUGACGCACAGGGCCUGAAGGGGAGACUGGAAGAGCACAAGAAGCUGGCGGAGGAUGUGAUCUGCCACAAGGCAGACCUGCGCUUCGUGUCCAUCUCGGGUCAGAAGGUGCUGGACUCUGUCCAGGGGGCUCUGGAGAAGGUAGGAGGGUCUGACCCAGCCCUGGAGGAGACCAAGCAGCUGGUCACGGACAAGCUACAGGACGCCAACCACCGUUACACCGCGCUGCACACCAAGUCGUCAGAUCUGGGGGGGCGUCUGUCGGGUCUGUUGGAACGCUACCAGCAGUACCAGGACGAGGCUGUGUCGCUCCACACCUGGCUCAGCACCCAGGAGCAGAACCAGAGUAUAGCCGGACCCGGCGGAGAGACGGACACACAGACACUACAGAACACACUGCGGGCCGUUCAGCUGUUGCAGGAUGAGCUGGCGGAGCGGUCAGUCCAGUUGGAGAAGGUGAGGAGGGCAGGCAGAGAGCUGGCUAACACACAGGAGUCCCCCACUCUCAGAGCUGCCGAGAUCAUCAGCACUGCAGAUGGUCUGGAGAAGAGGUUCAGCUCUCUGUCCGAGUCCGUGUCCGAGCGAGCUGAGCAGCUCCAGACGUCCGUAGCCCAGUCGGUCAGUGUCCAGGAGGGACUGAAGGGCCUGCUAGCCUGGCUGGACGGCCUACUGCUGACCCCCCGGGCCCGUCCAACCCACCGCCCAGGCUGUCCAGGACGCCCUCACACAGAAUCAGGUACCAUAGUAGAAAUACAGAAACUACGCCAGGAGCUGUUAUCCAGACAGGGCAGUGUGGAGGCCACCUGCGACUCUGUCUCCAAACUGCUCCAGAGCGCUGACGCCUCCACGGCCUCCGGGCUCCAGGGGUCACUAGAGCGCCUGAGCCGGCACUACGCCGCGGCACUGGCCAAGCAGGCCGAGAGGGAGGCUGAGCUCCGGGGGCUCCUGCCCAAGCUGGAGAACUAUGAGAGACUGAGUACGGACCUGCAGGGUUUUACUCAGACCAGGCUGAGAGCUUUGAGCCCCACGGGACAGCCUGACCGCAGUGUGGAGGACUACAGACAGACCAUUGAGGAGGUGAGAGCGGAGCAGGAGCAAGAGGCAGGUCAACUGAAGUCAUUCUGCCAGCUGGGGACAGACCUCAGCCAAGCCAAGGCCCUGACCAGCACACAGACCCUACUGGACAACGUCAGAGAGGUGUCCGAUGAGUUCGCCCGACUGGAAUCCAACAUCACUGAAAGGAACAACGCCAUCCAGAGUUGUGAGCAGCGUUUGGGCCACUUCCGGUCUCUCUCUAGCUCCCUCCUCAGCUGGCUCCACACAACACAGGAGCAGCUGCCUCCCAAAGAGGCCAACCUCAACGCAGAGGCCCUGCAGAGGAGAGUGCAGCAGCUCGAGAACUUACUGAGCGACUGGGAGGCCCAGGGGGUUCGGGUUCAGGAGCUGAACAAGACUGGGUCAGAACUGGAGACCCUCAUCAUCAACAUCACAGCCCCCCAGGCCAAGACAGGUGUUCCCCAGAUCAAUGGUGCAGACAGCCCCAGCAGGGCCAAUGGCAUUCACACAUGCAAAGACCUGACAGAGAUGCAGGUGGCGGUGGCGGAAGUGAGCGGACGUUACGAGGAGCUGGGAGGGGAACUGAAGAACAGACGGCGGAACCAGGAGGCUUCUCUGGAGCUCAGACAGAAGGCCAGCCAGGGUACCGAGGAGCUCAGCCGCUGGCUGGGAGACCGGGAGAACAGCCUGGGCCAGACUACCACCUCCCCCUCCAAACCUGAGUUGGUACGCGCCCAGGCCCAGGAGAACAAGGCCUUACUGUCUGAGCUGGCAGAGCAUUCUGGGAAGGUGGAGGAGCUGAAGAGCACCCUGGAGAAGCUGAUAGCAGACAACCCAGACUCCCCAGAGGCAGACACCUGGAGACAACAAAUGAAGGAGAUCGACUCCCGCUGGGCAAAGGCCAAUGAGACGGCAGUACAGAGGCAGACGGAACUGGAGACCUGUGCUGAUAGGCUGGGCAGCUUUGCCACAGCAGCCAGUCAGUUGGGGCCGUGGCUCAGAGAGAAGGAGCUGAUGAUGAGUGUGCUGGGACCCCUGAGCAUCGACCCCAACAUGCUGAACACCCAGAAACAACAAGCCCAGUUCAUGCUGCGUGAGUUUGAGACCCGGCGGCCCCAGUUCGACCAACUCACCCAGGCGGCCGAGGGCAUCCUUUCACCGUCUGGUGGCGACUCCUCUCCGCAGGAUGCCAAGGACCUAGCGGAGGUCCGGUCCGAGCUGGGCUCCGUCUCUCAGCAGUGGGACGACCUCACUCAACGUCUGUCCCGGCGCUCGGAGGACAUCGACCAGGCCCAGGGCACCAGCGAGCGAUACCAAGCCCUGCUGAAGGACCUUUCGGUCAGCGUGGGGGCGCUAGGCGAACGGCUGGAUGGCCAGGCCUCGCUCAGUGCCCAGCCUGAGGCCCUGAAACGGCGUCUGCAGGAGACAGGCGAGAUCCGCUCUGAGCUGGAGCAGAGGAGGGAUGAGCUGGGCGAGGCUGAGAAGCUGUGCGGCGAGCUGAGUGCCAUCGUGGUUGAACCUUACCUGAGAGACGAGCUGAAGAAGAGGCUGGAGAGUGUGAGGAGCCCGCUGAGGAGCCUGGAGGAGAGGGCCACUGACGGUCUGUCCCAGCUCCAAGCUGCUCUCUCAAGCACCCAGCAAUUCCAGCAGAUGUUCGAGGAGCUGCGGAGUUGGUUGGACAACCAGGGUGGUCAAAGAGACUCUACCGCCGACUCCCUCCCCUGCCAGCCCGAGGCUAUCCGGACCCUGCUUGAUCAGCAAGACGAGUUUCAUCGCGGGGUGGCCAGCCAACGUGGCCCCUACGAGCUCAUCCAGGCCGAGGGGGCCUCCCUGCUCGUCAAGCUACCCGCCGCCGGUGAAGAACGAUCAGCCUUACAGUCCCAGCUCGCCACCCUACGCCAGGACUGGGAUGAGCUUAAUCAGUGCUUCGUGGAACGCCAGAACCUGCUGAAAACCGCCCUGACCAAGGCCGAGAGUUACCAGCAACACCGCGCCAAGCUCACGCCCUGGGUGACAGAGUGCGAGAAGCGGGAAGCUGACAUCCAGCCCUCCCUCGACCCAGCGGCCCUGGACAAGGCCUUGCAGAAGGCCAGGCAGCUGGGGUUAGACCUGGAGCACCAUCGCCCCCUCCUGGAGGAUUUAAACACCGCGGCCGACCAACUCCUGGAACACUGCCGCGUCGGAGAGGAAGACAUACGCUACGAGAAAGCCCAACUCAACCGUAGAGUCGACGGGCUGGCAGAAAAACUCCAGAACUGUGUUUCCCAACUGGAAGAGUUAGCGGAUCGACUGAAGGAGUUCGAGGACGGGCGGCAGGCGGUGGAGAGGAGGCUGGAGGCAGCGCGGCAUCAGAUCGAGGUGCAGGAGGCGCUGGGCCCACAGGCGUGCAGCAACAAGAGCCUGGAGCGGCUGAGGAGCCAGCAGGAGACGCUGCACUCGCUGCAGCCACAGGUGGCCUACCUGAGGGAUCUGGCCCAGGGGCUGGUGCAGGACGCACCCCACACAGCAGGGGGCGGCGGAGAGGGAGGACAGCGGCUGGAGCAGCAGGCCCGAGACACAGACAGAGAGUUUGGAGACGUCAGCGAAAAGAUUGAAAAGUGCUGUUCCACCCUGGAGUCCCGUCUCCAGGGCGUGGGGGAAGUCCAGUCCUCGGUACGCGACCUCUUCUCCCGCCUGUCCGACCUGGACGACGAGCUGGACUCGCUGAGCCCGGUGGGGCGCGAUGCCGACUCGCUCGCCUCGCAGGCGGAUGCCGUCCGCACUUUCCUGGCUCGCCUGGCCACGUUGAGGUCGGAGCUUGAAGGUCACGGGGGCGACUGCACCGCCAUGCUCCGCCGAGAGGGGUCGUCUCCCGAUCUCCUCGCCCUGAGGAGAGAGACUGAGGCCCUGAGCCGCCAGGCUGGGAAGCUGGCCGAGAGGGGCCAGGCCAGACUUGAGCAGAUCGAGGCAGCUGCCGAGAAGGUGGGAGAAUUCUACGCCCAGGUGGCGGAGCUGCAAGGGCUCCUGGGACGGGCAGAGGAAGGGCUGAACUCGCAGGGCGUGGUGGGGACGGAGGUGGAGACCAUCAAGCAGCAGCUGCACGAGUUCAAGGCGGUGGAGAGGGAGCAGGUGGACAGCAUUCAACCCAAGCUGCAGCACGUGAACGCGGUGGGCCAGGGCCUGAUCCAGAGUGCAGCCAAACACACAGACACCCAGGCUCUGGAGCAUGACCUAGAGACCACCAACCUCCGAUGGAACUCCCUCAACAAGAGGAUUGCAGAGCGCAUCGCCCAGUUGCAGGAAGCUCUGUUGCAUUGUGGGAAGUUCCAGGAUGCCCUGGAGCCUCUUCUGAGCUGGCUGAGUGACACGGAGGAGCUGGUAGCCAAUCAGAAGCCCCCGUCAGCCGAGUACAGAGUGGUCAAGGCCCAGAUCCAGGAACAGAAGCUGUUACAAAGACUGCUGGACGACCGCAGAGCCACUGUUCAGAUGAUCCAGGGAGAGGGAGAGAGGAUCGCAGCCACGGCCGAGACACAGGACAAAGACAAGAUCCAGAAACAGCUGGAGAGUCUGGGAGAGCGAUGGGACGAGCUGCUGGAGAAAGCCAGGGCAAGGCAGUGCCAAUUGGAGGAUCUGCAGGCGCUGGCACUUCAGUUCCACGAGGCGGUGGAGCCUCUUGGAGAGUGGCUGAGUGCCACCGAGCGACGCCUGAGCACCGUCGAGCCCAUGGGAACCCAGACUUCCAAGAUCACCCAACAGAUUACAAAACACAAGGCCGUCCAAGAGUCCGUCUCCUCUAGAGGAUCCGAGGUCAACUGCCUCGAGGCCCUCGGCCAAUCCCUGGCGCCCCUCAGCUGCGCGGCCGACCGCGAUUGGCUGAGGGAGCGUGUGGGGGCGGUGCGGCUAGGCCACUCGGAGCUCAGUGAUUGGUGCCAAUGCAGGGCCGUCAUGCUGGAGCAGGCCCUGGCCAAUGCCCAGCUGUUUGGGGAGGAUGAGGUGGAGGUGCUCAACUGGCUGGCUGAGGUGGGCCAGCGGCUGGGACAGGUGUCUGUGCAGAGCUACCAGCCAGGGGUCCUCACCCAGCAGCACAAGCACUCACUGUCUCUCAAUGAAGAGAUAGUGAGCAGGAAGAAGCAGGUUGACCAGGCCGUCAAGAACGGACAAGCCCUGCUCAAGCAAACCACCGGUGAGGAAGUUCUGCUGAUCCAGGAGAAGCUGGACGGUAUCAAGUCUCGCUACGCUGAGAUGACGGGCGGGAGCAGCAAAGCCCUCCGCAUCCUGGAGCAGGCCCUGCAGCUGAGCACGCGAUUCGCCAGCGCCCACGACGACCUCAACCACUGGUUAGACAAGGUGGAGGCGGAGCUCAACCUCAUGGAGCCCGACGCCACGCCAGCCUAUCAGGACAGACAGAAGGAGCUGAAGUGUGUGUCGGCGGAGAAACGUCUGGUUUUGGACACGGUCAACGAGGUGGGCAGUGCCCUCUUAGACCUGGUGCCCUGGCGUGCCCGCGAGGGCCUAGACCGCCUGGUGGCUGACGCCAACCAGCGCUACCGAGCGGCGGACGAGACCAUAACCCAGCGGGUACAGCUGGUACAGGCUGCCGUCCAGAGGUCACAACAGUAUGAGGAGGCGGUGGACGCGGAGCUGACCUGGGCUGGGGAGACGGAGAGGAAGCUAUCCUCCCUGGGUCCUCUGAGUCUGGAGCCUGACGUCACCGUGGCCCAGCUACAGGUCCAGAGGGCCUUCAAUAUCGACAUCAUCCGACACAAAGACACCGUGGACCAGCUACUCCACACCAGGGACGACAUCCUGGAGACGUGCAGCGACCAGCAGAGAGACGCUCUGGUGGUGAAGACGGACUCGCUGAUUGCCCGCUACGAAGUGGUGAGCCAGCGGCACCAGGAGCGUUUCUCAGCCCUGGAGCAGGCCCAGGUCCUGGUGGCCCGCUUCUGGGAGACCCAGGAGGAGCUGGAGCCCUGGCUGGGGGAGACGGAGACCCUUAUCGCCCAGCUGCCCCCACCUGCCAUCGACACCGAGGCCCUGCGACUCCAACAGGAGCAGAUGAGGCUCUUGAGGGAGUCCAUAGCGGAGCACAAGCCCCACAUCGACAAGCUGCUGAAGAUCGGCCCCCAGCUGGCCGUUCUGAGUCACCAGGAGGGGGCCACGGUGAGGCAGCGCUACAGCGACGCCGAGACACGCUACGCGGCCAUCAAGGAGGAGGUCAAGGGUCGCGCCGCCACCCUGGACGAGGCUGUUUCUCAGUCUGCGCAGUUCCAUGACAAGAUGGACCCCCUAUUGGAGACCCUGGAAGGGGCUGUGCAGCGCCUCCGUUCCCCUUCUCCCGUGGCGGCGGAGGCGGAUAAGAUCCGGGAGCAGCUGGCUGAGCACAAGGCUACUGGGCUGGAGCUGGACAAACUGUUGCCCUCCUUCUCUGCCCUGUGUGCCCGUGGUGAGGAGCUCAUCAGUAGAGCAGCCCAACGAUCCUGCCCCGUGCAUUCCCGUCUCCUGCGUCUGCGCUCCCUGUGGGAUGAGAUCCGGCAGAGGGCUGAGGAGCGGGAGGGGAAGCUGACGGACGUCUUGGACCUGGCUGGGAAGUUCUGGGCCGACAUGGCGGCGUUACUGAGCACGCUCCGUGACUCGCAGGACAUCGUCAAGGAGCUGGAGGACCCCGGGGUGGACCCCUCACUCAUCAAACAGCAGAUAGAGGCGGCUGAGGCCAUCAAGGCCGAGACAGAUGGGCUGAGGGAGGAGCUGGAGUUUGUACGAACCCUUGGGGCUGAACUCAUCUUCGCCUGCGGAGAAACGGAGAAGCCUGAGGUCAAGAAGACCAUUGACGAGAUGAAUGUGGCCUGGGAAGGCCUGGACCGGACGUGGAGAGAGAGGAUGGAGAGGUUGGAGGAGGCCAUGGCUGCUUCUGUGCAGUACCAGGAUGCAUUGCAGGGCAUGUUUGACUACCUGGACAACACAGUGAUCAAGCUCUGUGACAUGUCCAUUGUGGGCACUGAUCUGGGAACUGUCAAACAGCAGAUUGAAGAGCUCAAGCACUACAAGGUGGAGGUGUACCAGCAGCAGAUAGACAUGGAGAAGCUGUGCCACCAGGGGGAGCUGUUGCUCAAGAAGGUCUCGGACCAGAACGACAGAGACAUGAUCCAGGAGCCCCUCACUGAGCUCCGACACCUCUGGGACAACCUGGGGGACAAGAUCAUUCACAGACAGCAUAAGUUGGAAGGGGCUCUCCUGGCUCUAGGUCAGUUCCAGCAUGCCUUGUCUGAGCUGCAGUCCUGGCUGAGUCACACCCACGCCACCCUGGACACACAGAGACCCAUCAACUCUGACCCCAAGGCCAUCGAGAUAGAACUGGCCCGACACCACGUGCUGAGGAACGACGUGUUGUCCCAUCGCUCCACGGUGGAGACGGUGAACGCGGCGGGGGCUGAGCUGCUGGAGUCCAGUCCCGGGGAGGAGGCCAACCACCUCCGCGGCCAGCUGGACCACCUCAACCGCGGCUGGGAGAACCUGCUACUCAAGACCCAGGACCGGCAGAAACUACUGGAGGCCGCACUGCACAAGGCGGAGGGUUUCCAUGGUGAGCUGGAGGAGUUCCUGCAGUGGCUGAGGAGGACAGAGAGCCAGCUGUCUGCAGCCAAACCCACAGGUGGUCUGCCUGAGACGGCCCGGGAGCAGCUGCAGCAGCACCUGGAGCUUCAGACCCAGUUGGCCCAGCGCGCGGAGCAGUACAACCGGCUGCUGGACGCGGGGGAGUCCAUGUUGCUGUCCCGCGGGGGGGAGGAGGGUGGCCCCGGGGCUGGCACGACCCAGACCCAACAGAACCUGGCCCUGCUGCAGAACAAGUGGGCCAGCCUGAACACUAAGAUGGAGGACCGCAGGGCGAAGCUGGACGAAGCGGUGUCGCUGGCCACAGGGUUCCAGUCCUCCCUCCAGGACACCAUCAACUGGCUGACCCAGGCUGAGCAGACCCUCAACAUGGCUCAGGCCCCCUCCCUCAUCCUGGACACCGUCCUCUUCCAGAUAGACGAACACAAGAUGUUUGUGAAUGAGGUGAACACCCACAGGGAGCAGGUUUUGGCUCUGGAGAAGGCCGGCUCUCAGCUGCGUUUCGCCAGUCUGAAGCAGGAUGUGGUUCUGAUCAAGAACCUUCUGCUGAGUGUACAGGCCCGCUGGGACAAGCUGGUGCAGAGGUCCCUGGACCGCGGCAGACACCUCGACGAAGCCCGCAAGAGGGCCAAGCAGUUUCAUGAGGCUUGGAGGAAACUGUCAGACUGGCUGGAGGAGGCUGAGAGCCGGCUAGACUCGGAGCUGGAGAUCUCCAACGAGCCAGACAAGAUCAAAGUACAACUGACCAAACACAAGGAGUUUCAGAAGGCGCUGGGUUCUAAGCAGCCGGUGUAUGACACCACAGUGAGGUCUGGUAAGGCCAUGAGGGACAAGACCACCCUGCCCGAAGACACCCAGAAACUAGACCACCUACUGGGGGAGGUCAGGGACAAGUGGGACACGGUCUGUGGGAAGAGUGUUGAGAGGCAACACAAGCUAGAGGAGGCCCUGCUGUUCUCAGGUCAGUUUGCUGAGGCCCUGCAGGCCCUGGUGGACUGGCUGUACCGUGUAGAACCCCAGCUGGCUGAAGACCUGCCAGUCCACGGAGACCUGGACCUGGUCUCCAACCUCAUGGACUCACACAAGGCCUUCCAGAAGGAGUUGGGAAAGAGGACAACUAGUGUUCACGCCCUGAAGCGCUCAGCCAGAGAACUGAUGGAGACGGGCCGCGACGACACCGCCUGGGUCAAAGUUCAACUGCAAGAGCUCAGCAACCGCUGGGACACAGUCUGUGCCCUGUCCGUCACCAAGCAGACCCGUCUUCAGCAGGCCCUCAAACAGGCAGAGGAGUUCCGCACGGAGGUGCAGCUGCUGCUGGAGUGGCUGUCCGAGGCUGAGCAGACGCUGCGGUUCCGCGGCGUGCUGCCUGAGGAGGCGGAGACUCUGCAGACGCUGCUCCACACCCACCGGAACUUCAUGGCCACGGUGGAAGAGAAGAGGACCGACGUGAACCGGGCCGCGGGCCAGGGCGAGGCCAUCCUCACCACGUGCCACGCCGACUGCAUCACCACCAUCAAACACUGGAUUACCAUCGUCCGCUCCCGCUUUGAAGAGGUCCUCACAUGGGCCAAACAGCACGAGCAGCGUCUGGAGACUGCUCUGACAGAGUUACUCAACAACGCCACGCUAUUGGAGGAGCUGUUGUCAUGGCUGCAGUGGGCAGAGACCACCCUAGUCCAGCGUGACGGAGAGACCCUUCCACAGGACAUCCCUCAGCUCAAAACACUCAUCACAGAACACCAGGUGUUUAUGGAGGAGAUGACCCGGAAGCAGCCUGACGUGGACAAAGUGACCAAGACGUACAAGAGGAAACCAGCAGAGCCCCCUAGCAGCCUAGCUGAGAGGAGAGGAGCUCGUAAAAACCAGCAGCAACAACCGCAUCAACAACAGGCGGCGAUGCAAGUCGCCGGGGGCAACCCCCGCUUGACUCAGCUAUGCUCAAGGUGGCAGCAGGUGUGGCUGCUUGCCCUCGACCGCCAGCGGAAGCUCAACGACGCCCUCGACAGGCUUGAAGAGCUGAAAGAGUUUGCCAACUUUGACUUUGACGUGUGGAGGAAGAAGUACAUGCGCUGGAUGAACCACAAGAAGUCGCGCGUCAUGGACUUCUUCAGACGCAUCGACAAGGACCAGGACGGAAAGAUCACUCGCCAGGAGUUCAUCGACGGCAUCCUGGCCUCAAAGUUCCCCACCAGCAGGUUGGAGAUGACGGCGGUGGCAGACAUCUUUGACCAGGACCGAGACGGUUACAUCGACUACUACGAGUUUGUGGCGGCGCUGCACCCCAACAAGGACGCCUACCGGCCCACCACCGACGCUGACAAGAUAGAAGACGAGGUGACCAGACAGGUGGCACAGUGUAAAUGUGCCAAGCGGUUCCAGGUGGAGCAGAUAGGAGAGAACAAGUACAGAUUCUUCCUUGGAAACCAGUUUGGUGACUCGCAGCAGUUGCGGUUGGUGCGUAUCCUGCGCAGUACGGUCAUGGUGCGGGUCGGAGGGGGCUGGAUGGCCCUGGACGAGUUCCUGGUCAAGAACGACCCCUGCAGAGUGCAACAUCCUGGACUUAAGAUCCUUCGCUCCGACUCCAGUAGCACCAUUUCAUCUCGUAUAGCCCGAGGCCGUACCAACCUGGAGCUGCGUGAGAAGUUCAUCCUUCCGGAGGGUGCUUCCCACGGCCUGGCGGCGUUCCGCUCCCGAGGCCGGCGCUCCAAACCCGGCUCCCGCACGGCCUCGCCCACCCGCUCCUCCUCCUCGGCCUCGCACAGCGCACAUAGCUGCGCAUCCUUGCCCUCUGCUCCCGCCACCCCCACCGCCUCCUCUAGGUCCUCAAACUCGCGUGGCUAUGCCAAGCCCUGGCUGGCACACAGUAAAACUCCAACACCAACCAAGUGCCAGUCCUGCCCAGACCACGACCACACCACGCCUGGGCAUGAGGGAGCAGCGUCGGGGUCCAAGCUGAAGAGGCCCACCUUCCACUCCAGCCGAGGGUCUCUGACUGGAGAGAAUGGAGGAGCUACACCCAUUUCUACUAAACCUGGACGUACCGACCCCAAACGUACCCCAUCGGGGGCCAGUGGUCCGGUCAGCCGGGCGGGCAGCCGGGCGGGCAGCAGGGCAAGCAGCCGGCGGGGCAGCGACGCUUCAGAUGCCUCUGAGCUCCUGGAGACUCGCUCGGACACCUCGGACACCCCCCGGCGCCCAGGAGCGGCCAAGCCCUCCAAGAUCCCGACCAUCUCCAAGAAGGCCCCAAGCCCCAAGACACCCGCUUCUGGGAAGAAAUAGUGAAGGAGAUGUCAAAAAGACGUCAUAAAAACGUCAUACAGCCAACCAUAGAGUCGUCAACAUAACAGCGUCAUACAUCUAACUAUCGGGCUGGUUUGACUACAAGGGCUUCCCCAGCCCCCCAAAACACCAGCCAUGAUGAAAUAGGGAAGAUGUCCAGACUAUAGAAUUAGAUCAAGUAGAACACACCAUCUCCCUUUCGAAGAGACGCUCUAUAGUGAACAGACUGCUGGCGGCCAUAUUGGGUGUCACAUUUGAUCCAAACGUCCAUCCAUAGGGCUUGCAUGGGAUUCAUGCACCAAGACUACUGUAUGAAGGGCAGGGAGAGGGAUAGGGGAAGAUAUCUCUCCCUUCCUCCCUCGUACACACACUCUGAAAAAAGCUCACUGGGGGUGUCUGGUUCGUGCACUUAGACGGAACAGAACUUUCCCCUUUUAAAACCCAGAUCCCAGUUUGCCUUCCAGUCUCCUGUGUGCUCUGUCUCGUAAUGGGAUUGUGCUAGACUGUUGUAGAGAAAGCCACAGCAAUUUGAACCGACAACCAACCAACAUAAUGCUGCCUUACUGUGUUACACAUUUCUGUCCUUACUUUUACCUAAUCUGAGUUCCAGAGAACGUUAGGUAGAGCCUUGUAACUACUUUGUGUAUGUACACGCACAGAACUGAAGCACACACACACACACACAUUUACAUUUACAUUUAAGUCAUUGAGGGGAGAGAUUAAAUGACUCGGAACUUCCUGGAGAAUGGCAUUCAAAAGAACUGGAUUGUGGGUAUUGUGGAAAUUAUUUUUUUUCUCACCAUGAGUUCAACUGAAUAUAUGCAAUGAUUGCCGUCUUGUUUUAUUCCUCCCCUGGACUGGGAAGUGAAAAGGAAUGACACUUCAGCAUGUCUAUGGGUCGGGAACAUCCAGACUAGCGUGAAUCUACUGUUCAGUGUCUGGGCGGCGCCACUCUGACCACUUCCUGCACUGAGCUAACUGCCUAAACCUCAAGCACAGGAGACCGCGGAAGUGGCGGGAAACACACUGCAAUGUCCUCACAAACCCCUGCAACAUUGGAAGUGUGUUUAAAGGUGUGUAUGUGAGUGUGUGUUUGAUGGUAUGGAGGGUUUCUCAUGUUGUCCUAUAAUAUGAAACCUGGGUUUCUGAGAAGAAAAGCACUAUUUCUUGGUGGGACUCCACUAACAGCAGAAACGUGACAGUGUGAAACAAUGUAGUCGAUUUGUAAGGACACACAAUUUAAGCGACUAUGAUUCUACGAUUAGAGAUUGAAGACCAGCACACACUGACUGUGUAUCGUUGCCGCUGGAAACCCCAGAGCCGCAAACACAUUUUUUGUACACGUGUGUAGUCGUCACGUGUUUACAGGAAUCAAAGGUCAUCGACUUGCGUCACUGUAUGCAAAGAUUUCAUUUGUGAAUGUCUUUCGUUCGGGUUAAUUUAUCAUCCUGUUGUAUUUUGUUUUAGUUUUGGUUUAGUAGUUUAAGAAAACAUUUCUAUUUAUUUUUCAGUUCUGUAUCAUCACCUUGGAGAAUGAUUAGUGUUAAUACAAUGAAAUCAUGAUAUUUUGUACCAAGGAAAAUGUCUGCUCCUCUCUUCAACGUUGUAUGUUAUUACUUCUUAACAUAAAUUUACUCAACUAGGAAGCUGACUUUCCAUGGCAGCCUUUUUUGCUAAUGACUACAACUCCCUGAACAUGACCAAAGGGGGUUGCCCUUAUUGUGUUGACAAAAAAAAAACUACAAAUAUGGAUGACAGGGAACCGAACCCCCAGUGUCCCCAGUGAUGGCUGCAAAUGUGCUCCUCUAUUUCUUAAUGUGAGAGCUGAAGUAUAUGAAAGCUUAAUGAACGCAAAUGUCAUCUUGAGGUGAUUUUAUUUAUUUAUUGUCUCCUUGGGGGUGGGGAUCCGGGGACGCCGAAGAGGAACUCACCUUUUGAUGCGGUGUUAUUCUCUGUGAUGAAGAGAAAAUAUGUCGCUGGGAGGGGGGUUAGAAGUCAAUUGUGUAAAAUAAGAAAAGCUAAGAAUAUAAAGCUUUUUUUGUUCUCUUUUUGUAUUAAAAAUAUGCUUGCAAGUAAAAAAAAAAAAAUGUCA